UAGAAAUAUCCAUUUGCAAAGGAAAAGUAAACUAUAUAUACAUUUUAUUAGCAAAAAGAAUACGGUUAUGAGUGUGAUUUAGCUUUUCAAAUCGUUCAAAGGCAAGGUUUUUCAAGGUUUUAGAUUAAAACCACACAAUGGAAAAAAUCAAACAAUUUAGGUUGUAUUAGCAUUACUGUCACCACCACUGACAAAAAGAAGUGUAGCAGUCGCCGAUAUGACACGUUCUACAAAAGGGUGUAUUGUCAGGCAGACAAAUGUACAGCACAAAACAGUGUUCAUAUAGGGGUGGAUAAACAGCAACAUCACAAGGCUCCAUAAUGAGCCUCUUCUGUAUUUACUGUAAGUGUUAGUGGCUUCUGGAUCAUCUGGUUGUUCAUGCACAAAAACAGUGAUUGGAUUCUCCUGAAGGCCUCUCCCAACUGGCACAUUCACAUGCUUCAUUUCAAAAUGACAUACACAUCACUUUCUUUCCUCUCAGUUUCUCUGAAAAUUAUCUAUAUCAAAGUCUGGUGUUGCAACAGAAAAUAUUGACAUGGCAUGACAGGGGCUUUUUACGUCUGUGGCUAUGUAUGGGACAUGUUUACUUUGAGCAAAUGAAAUGACUCACUAGAUCAGGCAAUGGAAGGUCUCACUGAGGUUAGAUGAUUGUUUUUAAGUUUAAAUAGGAUUUUUCUCCAGAUUUUGAUUUUAAGAUUUUAGGAAACCAUUCAUCGAUAGGCCUAUAUACCUGAUUAUUGUGUUUAGUGUUGUGUAGUGUGACUUUGUUUAAUUUCUCACUGAACACAAUUGAGCUGCUGUACAUUUGUCACAGAGGAAGCUACUAACAACACACUAUUGUCCCUCUGAGUUCACACUUUGAAGUGGCAAAGAGGAUUAUUUAUGUCACAGAGGGGGUCAUGGGAGGCAAUGACGAGUUAUUAAUAGUUCUUAUUUAAUAAUAAUGUGAUUGAAUGUGAGUGAUGUGAAUUUUCCCAGAGAGAUCUUAUCUUUAUAGUUUGCCAGUGAUAGUUAAUCGGUUGAGAAAUACCUCGUUUUUCCUCAAACCAAACCCCAUGCUCAUUAAGGAAAGAUAUUGUUGAAAUGUAUGAUUAUAGUACUACGGUAAUAACUGUUUUGCAAACCGCUUUCUCUGUAAUUAGAGGCCUGUUGUUGUGAGUAAUUUAACAUUUUGUUUGAUCACAUUGUGCUGAUAUUUGUCAUAAAGACCACCGUGUUAUAGUGUGACACUAGCACUGAGAAUCUGCAGGCUUGUGACAUUAACUACACAAAGUACAAGAGCAAACAAAAGACCAGAAAACUCAAACAGACUUUAACCUUUGACCGUGUGGUCUGGACUUUUGCUUUGCUCAAUACUGAAGUUCUGGAAACUCCUCCAGCGUUUAAUCUCUGCCUGUGCUCCUUUACAGCUACGUACCAUUCAUGUUGGUGUGUAUUGCACAAGUUUCAGUGAACAAAUGGAAAUAAGUGAGAGACCGUGGUCAGGUCUCAUUUGUUGGAAGUCACUGUGUCAACAGUAGAACUGCGUCAUCGCUUCCCAGUUGUUGUACAGACAGAUAUUGAAUAUAUUCAAGAAAUUGAGUGACUAAAAAGCAUCAUCUUCAUCGUACACAUACAAGCCAAAACAAAUCUGUUACAACUUGGAUGAUGGAACCUACUCAGUCAGAGAUGAACAUCUUAUUCAACGGGAAAAGUCACGACCUCGGAGGUGACAUGGGUGUGCCAAUGAAGAUGUUACCGGAGGAGGAUCACAAUGGCACACAGACAAUCAGAUUUGAUGAUCCUGAUGGAGGACUGGAGAAUGAGGAAUUUUUGCCCAGUGCAGAUGGAAAGAAACCUAUACGCUUCACAGAUUUUGAAGGAAAGACAUCUUUUGGCAUGUCUGUCUUCAACCUGGGUAAUGCUAUUAUGGGCAGUGGAAUCCUGGGAUUGGCGUAUGCCAUGGCCAACACUGGCAUACUCCUCUUCUUGUUUCUUCUGACUGCAGUAGCAGCCUUGUCAUCUUACUCUGUUCAUCUGCUGCUCAAAUCCUCUGGAAUUGUGGGUAUUCGAGCUUAUGAACAGCUGGGGUACAGGGCCUUUGGCACUCCUGGAAAAAUGGCUGCUGGUAUAGCAAUCACGUUGCAGAAUAUUGGAGCUAUGUCCAGCUACCUGUACAUCGUUAAAUCUGAGUUGCCGCUGGUCAUCCAAGCUUUCCUGAAGGCAGAUCCCAACCUUGAUCUGUGGUACUUGAAUGGAAACUACCUAGUCAUCAUGGUCUCUGCUGGUGUCAUCCUGCCCCUGGCUUUAAUGAAACAGCUCGGUUACCUCGGCUACACCAGUGGGUUUUCUCUCAGUUGUAUGGUGUUUUUUCUCUCUGCGGUUAUAUAUAAGAAGUUUCAGAUUCCUUGCCCAUUCGAGGAGUAUUCAGUCAACAGUACAGCUGCCCACCUCAGCCUGAAUGUCUCAAGCCACGGCAACGAGUACACCAAUAAUCUGGUUCACGAGGACGAUAACUCCCGUUGCUCCCCAGGAUUGUUCACCAUCAACUCACAGACAGCAUACACCAUUCCCAUCUUGGCUUUCGCCUUUGUUUGCCACCCUGAGGUCCUCCCCAUCUACACUGAGCUCCGCAAUCCAACACAGAAGAAGAUGCAGAAGGUGUCCAACAUCUCCAUCCUUGUCAUGUACACCAUGUACUUUCUGGCAGCUCUCUUUGGCUACUUGACCUUUUAUGACAACGUGGAGCCUGAACUGCUGCACACUUACAACCGGAUUGAUCCUUACGACACUUUGAUCCUGUGUGUGCGGGUGGCCGUCCUUACGGCUGUGACGCUGACCGUCCCUAUCGUGUUGUUCCCUGUACGCAGAGCCAUCCAGCAGAUGGCAUUCCCCACCCAGUCUUUCAACUGGUUGCGUCACAUUGCCAUUGCAGUCAUUUUGCUCACCAUCAUCAACAUGCUGGUGAUAUUUGCUCCCAACAUCCUGGGAAUCUUUGGCAUCAUUGGUGCCACGUCAGCUCCAUGCCUCAUUUUCAUUUUCCCUGCUGUCUUUUAUAUCCGCAUUGUUCCAAAAGAUGAGGAACCGAUGACCUCUACUCCUAAGAUACUGGCUGUUUGUUUUACUGCUUUGGGUGUCUCCUUCAUGGUAAUGAGUCUGAGCUUUAUAAUCAUUGACUGGACAACGGGGGCCGGUCAUGCUGCAGGAGGCCACUAGAUGCUGCUUUGGUGUGUUUGAGCUCUGGAAAGGGGAAAAAGAAUGAGUUUAUGUAAAGGGAGCACUAUCACCUCAUUGGGAACACACUGCAACACUAUUGGUUGGAAUCACGCUGGUAAUAAUCGAGUUAAAUUAACUUUUUCCCUGUAAAUUAACACAUAUCUGAACAAACAAAACAAUUGCAUAACAGCAUUCUUUAAUUCAAUUUAACCAUACAAUUUUUCUGAAUAAUCAGGACUAAACAGGGUCUUUUUUUUUUUUUACCAUCUGCUAGUGCGACUUAGUCCACCACGAUGGUGAAAUGGGCCUUUUCUGUUGCUUCCUCUUUAUUUAGACACAAACAUCUGCACAUGGUACUGUACAGCAAAAAGAAGGCAUGGUUGUCUGUAGAUGGGAAGGCAUCAUGAUAUACAUUAGAUAUUACUCAUGCUAUUUUUUUACACAAAAAGAAUUAUUUUGUACAAAAGAGGACUGCAAUCUGAACUGUUAAUAUUGAUGUAAUAUAAAACAAAACAAAAAAGGGGUUUAAGGCCUUAGUAUGCUGGCGACAUUUUACAUCAUGAUCUGUUAAGUUGUUAUGUAGUGUAUCAUACAAAGAUUUAGUUCCAGAUCAGCUAACUCUCUUCGGAAACCCUGGUGCCUUUUAACAUUUGGAACAGCACACAAACACACAGCAAAAACAGAAGUGUAUAAUAUUUAUUUAGCUACUACAUCUGUGUUUUUAAUUUCAUAUGGACAAUAUUUAACUACUGUAUAUGAUGAAGUCAGUGAUUCAAAUAUAUUAUGUAUAGUAUCAGUUUUUGUUUUAGCUUACAGUAGCCUACAGUAUACAAAUGAUGGAAGGAGUUACGACUGAAUAUAUUUAAAUUUUUUGAUAAAGCUUGAUUUUAGGAUUUUGUACCUCCCUUUGCAGAACUUUUAGCACACAUAUGCCAAACUAAAAUUCCAAAUUAAAACAAAUUCUUGAUAACCCCUUUGAAUUUCUCAUUAAGAGUUUUAUAAAUUCAGAAUUCACUUUCACCCACACGGUACGGUAAUAUUACAUAUUCUGUAUCUACAUGUUCCAACACUUCAUUGAAGUUUUGUGAUGCCCACAUCGAAUAAAAAGUUCAAUCUUAAAUUAAAGGAAGAGUUUGGGAAAAUACACUUAUUCGCUUUCUUCAAGAGAGCUAGAUGGGAGUAUUGAUACCACUCUCACAUCUGUGUGUACUAUACAACUGCAGCCAGGAGACGAUUAUUUUAGCUUAGCAUAGAGACUGGAAGUCGGGGGAAACAGGUAGCCUGGCUCAGUCUGUCCAAAGGUUAAAAGCCUACCAGCACUCUAAGCUCACUAACACUUAAUAUCAGUAAGUCACUUACCUAUACUGAAAUAUGGUAUCCAGCCAUGCAGAUAGUUGUGAUUGUACUUGCCCAGGUUUUGAGAUACACUAUAAUGACAAAAGUAUGUGGACACCAUAGCAUGUAUAUCUAAAAACCUAUGCAAAUACAACCAAAAUCCAGUUAAUUUGUUUUUAUAAUUUGUGUGAACCCGCUAAAGCUCUAUGGGUUUGAACCAUGGCUGGCCAAUCAACAUGAAUUUACAAAGAUGAACCCACUGGUUAGUUUUUGAUUGCUUAGUUUAACAAGUUUAUUUGUAUUAAUGUGAAGAUGUAUUAUGCGUUUGUGAUUCUGUCAUAAUGUCUUUGCCAUACUGGUUUGUAGUAUUUUGAUCUGCUGUUGACUAUUUAGACUUGAGGUCUGUGUUUUGCAUGUUGUUAUGUCCACUCUGUCUUGUAGUUGGUAUAGUGAACACAGACAUUUUCCUCGUGACACUGUCACACAUAGAUGUUAUUGUAAUACUGUACAUUUAUCAUCUUACAGUGAAGUGUACUGAAGUCCCAUUCUGUGCUAUAGUUAAUAUAGUGUUAUAUUAGUAUUAUGAAGCCCAUCUUAAAAUAUGCUACAUGAAAUAAUGUUUCAAACAUUAAUGUUGUGAGUUUCUGUCAGUGAUGACAAAUAGUUGUAAGACUAAUUUAUGAAUGUGGAUAGAUUCAUUCAGUAAUUCUCAAGGUGAAUUUUGAGUCUCACAAUAGCACUACAACCUGCAUCCAUAUAUAAGUGAACUUUUUUUUACAGAUAACAAGAGAAUUUCAUUAUUUAGAAAUCACCAAUUUAUUAAAAACAGUACAAAGGGUUUAAACCUGGAAAGAAAAACCUCAGAGAAAUGUUAUAACACAAAUUUGCUGCUCUUACCCAAAGAUGGUCUUAUAUUGUAUUUCUCAGUCUUUCGAAAAGUCCUGCGUAAAUCAUAACUUACCUAAUUUUAUUUAUAUAUUAUUGACUCUUUGUUUAGCAGUUUUGAGCCAAGCAAAUACUUAUGCACGUAUCAACCUCUGUCCCUUGCUUUUCCACAUGUAUUUGCAGUAGUUGUGGUGUAAAUGAAGGUUUUGUUUUGCCAUGUUUAGUGACAACUGUUAGUGAACAGAGUUUUUCUUCACUUCUUCAUGCCAAAAUAACUACUGACUACCUACUGAAAUGCCUUUAACUUUUAAACCGGUACCACAGUUUUAAUACCAGAUGCAGUAUAUCAAAUAUGCAUUUUCCAUGUACUGUACCUAAACAAAUCUGUGUAAUAUUUUAUUAUAGCUGUUGUUCAAGACAUAGAGCUAUGGAAAAGACACAACUAUAAAACACUAAUAAGGUAUAUGAAUUUUGGUAAAUAAGACAUGGCUUUAUAUAAAUAAUGUAUAUAAAUGUAAACCUUUUAUAUUUGUGAUUCUAUUUACAGUAGCUUGAAAAGUGUAAAUAGCAGGGACAGUUUUAGAUUAGCAAUAAAAUAAUUGUAGAUGUUUUUA